UAUAAAAGUGAUCACCGGUUUAACAGCAGCGAGUCGGCCUGUCUGUUUCUCUAGAGGGGGUGAAAUUAUCAGUUUGACAUCAUCACCAUCCAUUUUUAAAAAUUGUUCAGUUAUCUAAUUUUCAUUCAGAUAAGCGACAUCUUAUUAUUAAUCAUGGCUGCCUACAAACUGGUGCUGAUUCGCCACGGAGAGAGCAACUGGAACCAGGAGAAUCGGUUCUGCGGCUGGUUCGAUGCCGAUCUGAGCGCAACCGGGGAGAAGGAGGCGAGGAGAGGUGGACAGGCCCUGAAAGAUGCUGGCUUUGAAUUUGACAUUUGCUACACCUCCGUACUGAAGCGGGCCAUUAGGACGCUGUGGCUGGUCCUGGACGGCAUUGACCAGAUGUGGGUGCCGGUGCAUCGGACCUGGCGGCUCAACGAGCGCCACUACGGAGGCUUGACAGGGCUGAACAAGGCAGAGACGGCUGCCAAGCAUGGAGAGGCUCAGGUGAAGAUCUGGAGGCGCUCGUUUGACAUUCCUCCUCCCUCCAUGGGCCCGGACCAUGACUACUACACUAUCAUCAGCAAGGAUCGUCGAUAUGCAGACCUGACCGAGGACCAGCUUCCCUCCUGCGAGAGCCUUAAGGACACCAUUGCACGGGCGCUGCCCUUCUGGAAUGACGAGAUCGCCCCUCAGAUCAAACAGGGGAAGAGGGUUCUCAUCGCUGCCCAUGGAAACAGUCUGAGAGGCAUUGUUAAACACCUGGAGGGAAUGUCAGAUGAGGCCAUCAUGGAACUGAACCUGCCAACAGGCAUCCCCAUCCUCUACGAGCUCGACAAGAACCUGAAACCUGUGAAGCCCAUGCAGUUCCUGGGAGAUGAGGAGACUGUACGCAAAGCCAUGGAGGCCGUGGCUGCUCAGGGAAAGGCCAAGAAGUAAAACGACAGAAAAGCCCUCGCUGUGUAUGACAGUAUAGGUUGUACCAGACAACUGGCCUCAGAUUGGUGUUUUUCCUAAUCCCUAAUUUAUUUUGGAUUGUUAUACAUGAUGAGCAUACUGUGGAUUGUUGUCAAAGACAACCUCACUCAACUUGUACAGUGCAGGGAUAGUGGAUGGUUAAAAGUUAGCAUAUAUUAGGGCCUGGAGAGCCACAGCUCUCAAGAGAUUGUAAAUAAUUUUGCCCUUUUAAAACAGAUUAUAUAGUUUUGAAUUUGAGAAAUUCCAGCCAAGGAAGGUUGACAUUCAGCCUUCCUUGGCUGGAAGGCUGAAUGUCAGGGUAAACGGUUAUUAAACCAAUUACAGAGGAGUGGGUAAUGAGUGGAGACAACUUGGGAGACAUGACUGCUCUUGUUGUUGCGUCACUUUGCUUAAGCUUAUACUGUCAAUGUACAGUAUAUGAGAUACUGUUUUCAGAUGCACUGAUGGCGGUUAGUAAGUAAAACCUAUGUGUGUCUGUUCACACUUCAUCAUUACCUGCCCAGGACACCAUUAUUAUUUUUGGGUGACUUAGGUAUAUCAUAGUCUAUUUAAUUCAAUUUAAAAUAGACUUUAAUCUUUAAUGAAUUAUAUUUACAUUCACUGACUUUUAGAUUUUGAGAUGUUAGACAUAAAAGGGACCACUGCAAAGGCUGUACAACUUAUUAUUAUCUCACUUUUCAAAGCAGGAAAUUGAUGCAUUCCAUUGAUAAAGGUAUGUAAUUUUGCAAUCUCUUGAGAGCAGAACAGGACAGUUGGGACUGCUAAAUUGUCCUUUUCUCUUAAUGUUUGCCUAUGAAUGGUAUUUGUGCAGUGUCCUUAUAUAUUGUUGCUGUUUGUGUUGUGUCUGACAGUUUUCAUCGGGUUAAUCCAUUUUGAAUGGUGCCAAGCACUAUUCCUAUUGGUAUUGCACCGUAUAAGUGAUAAAUCCAUUUCUUUGGAUUAUAGUCUACCAGUUUCAAAAUACCACAGUGAAGCAUAAUUAACUGAAGAUAAUAUGUCUAAAUUUAACCAAUAUCUUUGUUACUCUCUUUGACCACCUUUAGUCUGUUUUUGUCUCUUGGUGUCCAGUAUUUAUGUGCCUCCAGCUCCUUUUCCUACAGUCAAUGCCUACAUCUGGCCUCACAGUAUUGUGAGGCAGCCGUGAUGGUUUUAGGGAAAUAGUCUGUGAAUGGAAUAUCAAAUUAUGUCUCACAGUAUUUGCAUAUUUCUUUAAUAAAUGUAAUUCACUCUGUGUUGAUUAAAUGUACCCUAAAAGCUCUGAUGUAAUAAAUGUACACUUAUGUGCAAAUGUA